AUUGACAUGGGUCGCAAAGGUUUAAAAUAUGUGUCUCUAGAAAAAAAAGUUUGGGAAACACUGGUCUAGAUUACACAAAGCUGGAUUACAGCUAUAGUCAACCACAACUGACCAACAUAAAAACAGUCCAAUCAUUGCUAGACCUGACCCACAUCUAGUUGACAUACCAUGUCAGCAGUCAGAUUUUUUAUAAUUUAUCUUUUGAUCAAGACUUAGUAUUAAAUAAUAUGACAAAUAUUGAACAUUUUAUUGGUUUUUAUUGGUGAAAAUCCGACGGACUCUUCUUCGUUUCCUUCAUAAACAUUGACACCAGGAAACAGAACAAUGACAGGCAGUGGAGCGGUGACUUUUUUAGGUAAAACUGCGCUGGAACCUCUCUGCCACUGCCUUUCUUGUCUCUUCCUGCUCUGACUCUCAGCUCUCCUCCCCUCGGCCUGACGUAGACAGAGGAUUCUCAGCUGCCCACGGCCGUGGGCGAGCGGCAGCCGCGGGUAUAAAGCGUGCAGCGGGAUUCCAGUGCGUCACUGCCUGGAGCGGCGGCACCUCGUUGACCAGAGCUGAACAUCAGCAGAGAUAGCAGCAAGAAGGCACCUCAGCGCCUCGCAGGCUAACUCGCUUUCGGCUUUGGUUCGAGAUGGUGACUCGCAGGAUCAUGAGGAGCUCAAGCGCCCGCAACUUUAAGAGUGGAUUCACUCUGUGGUUGGUUCUGUGGCUGGUGGUGGUGAAGCCCGGGGGGGUCAGCGCAUGCCCCAGGCUGUGCGUGUGUUACCCCAUGCCCAUGACGGUCAGCUGCCAGUCCCAGAACUUGACCACAGUGCCGGCUGGAGUGCCGUAUGAUUCUCAGCGUGUUUUCCUGCAGAACAACCGCAUCACAGAGCUUCGAGCAGACUCCUUUGGCUUUGAAACACAGGUGCUGUGGCUAUAUGGUAACAAUAUCACGUGGAUUGAGGCCGGGGCAUUCAGUAACCUCAGGGUGCUGGAGGAGCUGGAUCUAGGUGAUAACCCUUUGCUGCGGCGCCUGGAAGGUGGAGCUUUCAGGGGGUUGGAGAAGCUGCAGAGCCUGCACAUGCAUCGGUGUAAGCUGGCUGCUCUCCCCCAUGACCUCUUCCGGAAGUUGUACAGUCUACAGUUUCUUUACCUGCAGGAGAAUCAGCUUCACUUUCUGCAGGAUGACCUCUUCUCAGAUCUGGUAAACCUCACUCAUCUAUUCCUGCAUGGAAACCGCAUCCGUGCUGUGUCUGAAAAUGCAUUCAGAGGUCUGGUCAACCUGGACCGCCUCCUUCUUCACGACAACCGCAUCAGGCAGGUAAACAGACGGUCUUUCCGUGACCUGGGCCGUCUCACCAUCCUUUACCUGUUUAACAACUCCUUGGCUGAGCUGCCCGGUCAAGCAAUGAGAGACGUGCAGGGCAUUCAGUUCCUCCGUCUAAAUGGCAACCCAUGGUCCUGCGGUUGUGAAGCCCGUCCCCUGUGGGAGUGGUUCCGCAAAGCCCGCAUCUCCUCAUCAGACCUGAUUUGCACCUCUCCAUCCCAACGUCGUGGCCAGGACCUCCGAUUCCUCAGGGAGUUGGACUUCGCCCUCUGCCCGGUGCCUGACCCCGGCUCCCUGGCUGGAACCACCACCACCACCUUCAGCACCAAAACCCGUUGGUGGUUCUCCAAGAAUAAGCCAGCCUCUUCAUCCAAAGCGCUGUAUCAGAAGAAUUCAGAGACUGUCAAGUCCGUCCCAUUCUCCUCUGGUAAAACCGUAGAUUCCUUCUCCUCUAAAUAUGAACUGUCGGAGGAUGAAGCAGCUCUGCCUAAGCUGGACCCAGAAGAAUAUUGGGCCAACUAUGGCAACGAAGACUCCUCCAUCCGUUGCUUUGACCUGGACUGCCCUCCAGGCUAUGACGUCUCAGCAUUCUCCUCGUCAUCCUCCCUCAUCGCAUCAUCUGUUCUUCAACUCCUGUUCAUUUCCAUAGUCACAAUGUCCCUCUAUUUCCUCUUUGGCUGAACUCCUCAGUGCUUUACUUACUUUUCCCUCUUUGAACUGUCCCUCUGCUCUUUUCAUAACUCUGACAAAAUCCUUGAUUCCUUUCAGCUGCCUCCUCUAGUUGCCGGAGUCGCUACGCUGAUGCAGGAGACAGGCAGAGCAGCAGGACGCUGUUUAACAAAGAGCAGAGAUACGUAGAAGCUGAGGUAGAGCAGAACAGGACUCCCACGUCAGAACAGUCGCUGUUCAGAGCUGAUCACAAGUCAGGGCUUAGAACAGGAAAACUGGUUAGUAUUGAAAAAUGAACAAACAGGAAGAUAGAACACAGGCAGCUUCAGAUAUUUCUUUUUAACAAAUACAGCUGUAAACAAUGCAGGUGUUGUUUUUUUGUCAAGUGGGUAAAUAUCGCUCUCUUCUCAUCUCAGUCCUGCUCAUGGUAGUGUCAUCCACCAAUUUAUUGUCAUUGAUUUAUUGUACGGUGACACCAGGGUUGUGGCAAGAGUAAGCUGAGUUAAGAUUUUUUUUAAAGAGAGAGAGAGUUAAAAAAAGACAGGGAAACGUGAGAAGAGUAAGUGUGAAGACAGGGGAGAAUCAGAGGAUGUUGUCGUUUCUGCAGCAGCCUCUCUCCUCGCCUCCUUCAGAUAGUAAGAGAAACUCAUGUGAUCCCUUGGUGCCAGCAAGCCACCCACUCAUGUUCAGAGCGUUCGCCAUCACUGUACAUACACACACCACUCUGUUUCAUCAGGCUUUACACUUUCCUUUUUGUACAACUUAGGACACAGCAGCUUUUGUGAUAGAGAGGUCGAUUUUUAGAGAUAAAAGUUUCCCAAACAGAAAAUUGGUCACAGGAGAGGCCCUCAUCUGCUAUUCUGAAUGUGGGCUGCAGCUGAGUAAAAAAAUUAAAUAAGACAUGAGAAAGAUCAUGUGUAGUUGAAGUGUGUAGCCCAGAUUCUGGAUAGCAUUAAUGGGUCUCCAUGAUUUAUUGUUGAAUGUGGCCCACAAAAUAGUCAGUGUGGCCCAUUACUUGUCCAGACCCACGGACAACAUUUCUUUUAUUCAAACUUCUCCCUGAAUUCUCCCUGAGUUUGUUGUGUUUAAUUCAAACCAAGGAGGUGCUGUGACUAUGUACGUUAAUAUUUGCCUUUUAAGAAUGACAAGACUUAAAUUUCAUAGUUUUGACUUAUUGUAAGACUUUUUUAAGCUUGGAUUUUCUGAUACUGUCAGUUGAAUGCCUGUGUGUGUGAGAGAGAUGCUCUUUUUUUCACCACUUUUUUAAAAAAUAUUCCUGAUUUCAUUGAUUUACAGCAAUGUGCAAAAAUCAGAGGACAGCCGCAUA